AUGGCAAUACAUGUUCAACUUUGCAGAUUCAAUGGCUUUGAAAGCCACUCCCAUGGCUCUCCGAUCACCUUGUCCAAAAUUGCCUCCGGCAUUGCCUCUUCAUCCCCGGACACCACCUGCCUUGCCCGAAUCAUGAGACUGCUAGUCCUCAAGAAGAUCUUCACCGUCAAUUCUCAAUCCAACGGAGGAGAGCCGCUCUACAGUCUCACUCCCUCCUCCAAAUGGUUACUACACGAUACGGAUUUAAGUCUCGCCCCGAUACUACUCAUGGAAAACCACCUAUGGGCAGUGGCACCGUGGCAUUGCCUGAGCAGCUGUGUGAAAGAAGGUGGGAUUGCAUUCCAGAAGGCUCAUGGCCAUGAGAUAUGGGAAUUUGCAGCGCUCAAUCCUGAAUUCAACAAGAUGUUCAACGAAGGCAUGGCUUGUACGGCGAAGAUCACUCUGAGGGCGAUCAUUUCGAGUUACGAAGAUGGGUUUCGCAGCCUGAAAUUGGUGGUGGAUGUGGUUGGCGGCACAGUUGCAGCGAUGGUGGAGAUUGUGAAGGCCUAUCCGCAUAUCAAGGUGAUCAACUUUGAUUUGCCGCAUGUGGUGGCGACGGCACCAGAGUACCAUGGAGUCUAUCAUGUUGGUGGCGACAUGUUUGACGCCAUUCCUAAAGCUGAUGCAGUCUUCAUGAAGUGGAUACUGCACGACUGGAGCGACGAGCAUUGUGUCAAGAUAUUGAAGAACUGUCGUAAAGCAAUACCUGAGAAGACCGGGAAAGUGAUCAUUAUAGAUGUGGUUUUGAAUCCAGAAGGUGAUGGCCUGUUUGACAACACUGGUUUGGUGUUUGAUCUUGUGAUGAUUGCACACACCUCGGGCAGAAAAGAAAGGACUGAACCCGAAUGGAAGAGGCUGUUAGAGGAUGGAGGAUUCCUGCGCUACAAGAUCAUCAAAAUUCCAGCUUUACCAUCCAUCAUCGAAGCCUAUCCAGAGUGA